AUGUGUGACAGCGUCAAUGAAAUAUUUGCCCUCCGUUAUGGAUCUCCAGCCAAAACCCUACAUUUGUCACCUUCAGAGUCAGGAUUAUUCCACCAGGAAAAAGGUAUGCAUGUAUUUGAAGUGGACCCGGACAGAGAACCGAAUCGGUUGAUGGCUGACUUGGCAGACGGUAAGAAGAUGGAGAGCGACGACUUUGACAGAAAGCGGAAUCGACGAAGCGCUUCUUCCGAUCUGCCAUUGUCUUCUCUGACCAAUGUUACAACUGCUGCCCACUUAAAAGACAGCCAUCAGUUGAUGAUCAUCCACUGGGCUGGGAAAGCAAGUAAAGUGAUUGUAGCUCUCACCCGUGACCGAAAGCCUGUACUCAACCAUGCAACCAGCAAUGUCUUUAUUUCUUACAACUAUGGAAAGAAUUUUGAUAAUGUGAGUUACAAGCUAAGCUCUGGAAAUAAUCAGUCUGCCAUACAUCAGUUUCACAACCAUCCAUUACAAAAUAGCCAUUAUGUAUUUGUGGACAUCAACAACAACAUCACUUAUUUCACAAGAGAUUAUGGGAAAACCUUUUUGAGACAUUCACUUAGCUUCUGCCCCCGAGUGAUUACAUUCCAUCAGGUGAACCCAGAAAUAUUGUUGGGCAUGGAUGAUGACCCAUCUCAAAGAAAGCUCUAUCUCACAAAGAAUUUUGGCGAUUCAUGGACUAUGGUGCAAGAGAAUGUGAAAGCUUUCUUUUGGGGACAUGAAAAAUAUGACAACCCUGAUAAAAUUUAUGUUGAACGACUUGAACCAAAUGGGCAUAGCACAGUUGUUUUGUCCACUGAUUUCUUUGAGAAACAUCAACAAGCAAUUAUUUCUGCCGUUGAAGAUUUUGAAAUCAAAGAAAAUUAUAUGUUUGCUACGAAAAAGAUUCAAUAUUUUGGUUCUUCUCAGCCAUUCCACUUGCAAUUGUGGGUGUCUCGUAACCAUGAGGAAUUCCAAUUGGCUCAAUUCUGGCCACAAAUGAAUCACUUGGAUUAUUACAUUGCUGAUGCUUCUGAAAACCAAGUAUUUGUGUGUGUGAAUCAUCAUAAUUCACUGAGCAAUCUGUUUGUGUCAGAUGUGAAAGGAAUCAAAUUCACUUUGUCUCUUGAAAGAAUUAUUUACUAUAAACCAAAAGGACCAAACAAAGACACCUGGCUAAAGUUUUAUGCCGAUCAAUCAUUUGCUGACAUUCACAAGGUAAAGGGUGUUCGAGGUGUGUACAUUGCAUCCCAGUUUAUGAACAGUUCAUUCAAUGUUGAAAACCAAAUUAGCUUGAUCACCUUUGAUAAGGGAGGCCUUUGGCACCCACUUUUGGCCCCAGAAAAGACGAGGGAUGGAGCCAUUUUGAAUUGUUCAAUUUGGUUGCAUUGCUCAUUACAUGUAAGCCAAGAAUUGGAGCAUUUAUACCCGACCAGCCAUUCUGAACCUAUUUUAUCAAGGGAAUCUGCACCAGGCCUUAUUAUUGCUUCAGGGACAGUUGGGAGUCGUAUUAAACAAUACCACCAGAAUAUCUUCCUUUCUAUUGAUGCAGGACUCACAUGGCAUGAGAUCUUGCUAGAUGGUCAUUUUUUCACAUUUGGUGACCAUGGAGGCUUAAUUGUUGCCAUUAAACAAGCUACUCUCACAGAUACUGUAUUGUAUUCAUGGAAUAAUGGAGAAACCUGGACCUCACUCAAAAUUACUGAUCGUAAAAUUUGGGUUUAUGGCUUGUUGACAGAACCAGGAGAAAAAACAACUGUUUUUUCAAUUUUUGGAUCAUAUGCCGAAAAACAUGAAUGGUUAAUUGUACAAGUAAAUCUCAGUUCAAUAUUUACGACUGUCUGCAGCAAAGAGGAUUACAAGUUGUGGUCUUUGUCUGAUGCUCUCUUGGAAGCAAAAGGAAUCCGUGGGUGUCUACUUGGCAGGAAGGACAUCACUGAACGGAGAGUUCCACAUGCCAAGUGUUACAAUGGGGAAGAUUACAUCAGGCCAUUUACAGUUAAAAAUUGUUCCUGUACACGAGAAGAUUUUGAAUGUGAUUAUGGUUUCAAGUUGAGAAGCAGACGCAGCCACACUUGUGUGACUGACCCCAACAAAAAUCUUGACAUCCACAAAAUUCCUAUCCCCUGCCCACCUGGAAAUUAUUAUUCUUAUACCAAAGGAUAUCGUCGUAUUGCUGGAGAUACUUGUCAAGGAGGACAGGAACUGAUGUAUGCCCCACAGAUGAAUUCUUGUCCUGUUACUAAAAUGCCUGAAUUUCUAUUGUAUGCUCAACGCAAAAUGAUUCAUCGAUAUAUCUUUGGAAAAAAUGAAAACGAUAUUCUUGUACAAAAUGGACUUGUUGAAGCAGUUGUCUUAGAUUUUGAUAAAGCAGACAAUUGUCUCUAUUGGGCAGAUUUAGCCACUGACAAUGUCAAGCGAUUAUGUUUGGAUGGGAAUCACAGUGUUGAGAUUAUUGUCGAAGACAAUGUGAAAGCAAUUGAAGGCUUGGCUUAUGAUUGGACAGCUGGAAAUAUAUAUUGGAUUGAUUCAGAAGCACAGAAAUUGGAAGUUGCUCGAAAAAAUGGUCAAUUUAGACGUACCCUUCUUAAUGGCACUACAUAUUUGGAUAAGCCACGCUCAUUAGCACUUGAUCCCCAUUUUGGCUACUUAUAUUGGACUGACUGGUCAUCCUCCGUCCCCCGUAUUGGAAAAGCAACAAUGGAUUGUCGUAAUAUUACCUACAUUGUGAAAGGCAAAGAGAACUUAGUCUGGCCCAAUGGCAUAACUAUUGACCACCAGAUGGGUCGGCUCUACUGGACAGAUGCCUACCUUGAUCAAAUCGUAUCUUCAGAUUUAAAUGGUGCUGAUCGGAAAGUUGUGGUCAGUGGCAGUGAAAUCCCUCACCCAUAUGCCAUUGUAGUUUAUAAGGAAAAUAUUUACUGGACAGAUCUAAGCAGACAUGCCUUGUUGACUGCUAACAAAAAUACAGGAUAUGGUGUAUCUCUCUUCAAACAAAAUAUCAUUGGUAUUACUGAUUUAAAAGUUGUACAUCAAAUAUCACAGAACACUCCCAGUGCAUGUUCCAUUAAUAAUGGUAUGUGUUCCCAACUGUGCAUGCCCAGACCUCAUAUACAACAUGUUGGUCGGAAUAACAGAACCUGCUUGUGUGAGAAUUACUUUCAACAUUCUUUGAUUCACUCUGGAGAUGAAGACUGUUUAUGUCCUCCUGGGGAGAAUUACCGGAAUGGAAGUUGUAUGUUAAUGAAUGAUACCUGCCAAGCCCAUGAAUUCCAGUGUUUAAAUGGGCAGUGUAUUCCUUCAGCACAGAAAUGUAACCAUGAACCUGACUGUUUAGAUAACAGUGAUGAACUCAAUUGUCAAUAUCGCCAAUGUUCAGAAGGUGACUUCCGAUGUCCAAAUUCUCUUUGCAUUCCUAAACGUUGGAUGUGUGACCAUGAAGAUGACUGUGGCGACAUGUCUGAUGAGAAAAACUGCACAUAUCUCACGUGUUCUCCAGAUGAUUUUACCUGCAACAAUGGCCGCUGCAUUCCUGCAAAUUGGACAUGUGAUUUUGACAAUGAUUGUCAUGACAACUCAGAUGAGAAAAACUGCAAAGAGGGAACGUGUCUUACGACUGAAUUUUCUUGUAAUUCUCACUCAGUAUCCUGUAUUCCACUAACUUGGCGUUGUGAUGGUGCUGGGGAUUGCCCUGAUUAUUCUGAUGAGAAAAACUGCAGCCAUGUUACAUGUCCUACUGGAACAUUCACAUGUAAAAAUAAACACUGCAUACAUCCUACAUGGCGUUGUGAUGGUGAGAAUGAUUGCACAGAUAAUUCUGAUGAAGUCAACUGUACUUUUACAACUCCUGUUCCUUCUCGUGCAACUUCACAAAUUUCAAAUGUGUCAACAGCAUUACCAUCUUGUAGUAAGUCAGAAUUUCAAUGCAAAAAUGGAUUCUGCAUUUAUGCAAGUGAACGUUGUGAUAACAUUAAUGAUUGUGGAGACAACUCGGAUGAGGAAAAUUGCAUAACAAACAGCUCUACUCCAUCCAGAUGUAAUUCAAAUGAAUUCCUGUGCAGAAGAGACAAAGUCUGCAUUCCUGCCAGAAAGAAAUGUGAUCAACAUCAAGAUUGUGAUGAUAAUAGUGAUGAAGAAAACUGUCCCAUCUCCUCAUCAUGUCCAAGUGACCAUUUCCAGUGUGGGAAUAAUCAGUGUAUUCCAAUGGCCUGGACUUGUGACGGUGAAGAUGAUUGUAUGAAAAGUGAAGAUGAAAUGAAUUGUGGUACUGUGGAGCAAUGUGGACAUGACAUGUUCCAUUGUCUUGAAUCUUCUGGUUGCAUUCAAAUGGCUUAUCUCUGUAAUGGCAUCUAUGAUUGUGCUGACCAGUCAGAUGAAUUGAACUGCAACAAACAUACAGGUCAUACUGACACUCCCCAGAAAUGCUCAUCUCAUGAAUUUUUGUGUGAAAAUGACAGUGACCAAUGUCUCCCAUAUCUUCUUGCCUGUGAUGGACAAAAUCAUUGCUUGAAUGGACGGGAUGAAAAAUUUGGCAUGUGUGAAGAUGUUGUUCAUGUGCGAAACAUGUGGUACACUGAUUUAACAAGCAGUAGUGUUUUGCUCAAAUGGGAAUCUGUUAAAAACUCUGUGCAAGGAAAAAUCUCUUACAUUCCCAGCUUUGUUGAAAAAAAACCAGCAUAUUCAUGGGUAAAUUGCACAGCCACUGAACACACCAGUUACAGAUUCAAUAAACUGAAACCUGCUACCAUGUACCAUUUGCUAGUAUUUGUUCAGGUCACUAACAAGACACACACACGGAUUUAUAGUCCAGCCCGUUUUGUUGUGGUUAAAACUAAUGAUGGAAUUCCAAGCAUCCCUGUUCAUUGUUCAGUACAUCAAAAUGGCAGUAAGGGUUUAGUUGCCACUUGGAGCAAACCUGCUCAUCCAAGAGGACAUCUCUCUCGAUACAGGAUUUACAUCAAAGAUAACAACACUAAGGCGACUUAUUUGAUUGAACAAGAAGAUACAAACAGAAAGAACUAUUCAGUACUUUUGAUGUCUCAGCCACUUUUUAGGAACCAUACUUACAUUAUAAAGAUUACAGCUUCUACCAAAACUGGAGAGAGUCCCCCUUGUGUAGGUAGAAUCACCUUUGAUAAAGGAGGAGUUGUCAGGCCUGUCAUGGGUCUCCGUGUAAAGAAAAAGGAAAACUAUCUAAUUACUUUGAUUUGGAAGCCAGUGCUCAAUGCCAAAAACUACAGUAUCACAUACUUGGACAUUUGGCACACGGAGAAAAAACUGAUUGUCAACAAAACAAGUGCGACAAUUGAAAAUCUGUCACCAGGAACUGAAUAUGUUUUCCGUAUUCAAGGUUUUAACAUCAUCUCAGCAGGUCCCCCUGCAGAGAUAAUGGUCAAAACAAAAGACCAACAAAUCAGUCAGCCAAAUUUGAUAAGUGCAAUUUCAAUUGAUAAAACAUCCUUUAACGUUUCAUGGACAGGAGAAAAACUAAAUCAUCAUCAGCAAUAUGUGGUGUUUUAUGACACACAACCUCGAAAUAUGGAAGAUUCUCAUAUCGACGAUGCUCGUUGGGUUCAGUAUACAACCUCAACAUAUAUUGUGCUGAAGAACCUGCAGGCUUGUGAAGCGUACAUUGUCAAGGUUGGAGUGGUUAGGUUUAAAACUAGUCCAUUGAGUCCCCUCAGUUCAUCAGUUCUUUUCCAAACUGCUCCAGAUGAACACGCGCAGCCCAAGGAUGUAGAGUUGAAACGAGUCAGUAACAAAACUUGUGUGAAUAUCUCAUGGCAUGCUCCAUGUUAUGAAAUAAAAGAGAGGAAGUUGUAUAUAAUUUAUAUUGAAGGCUCAAACCCGGUGUCCCCUUUGCCACCAUCAGCCAAUGAUUCUCUGUCAACGCAACUGUGUGGCUUUAAAAGAGGAGCAACUUAUAACAUAUCUGUUGCUAUAAGUAAAUCAAGAAAAUCGAGACCUGUUACUUUCUCUGUUGAACCUUAUGAAGAUCCAAAAUCGGUGAAAGUUGUUGAUAAAGAUUCAGAAAAAUAUUUGUAUUCCUUGGUUUGGAAUAAUUCCCCGGUGACAUCAAAACUCUUCAAUGGUUAUCAAGUUUUUUACAGAAAGGCAGGGCAACCUAAUUUUAAAUUGUACAAACAAGUUCAGUCUAAUCAUGUCAGCCUUAAAGAUCUGUCUCCAGGCUUUGUCUAUCAACUGAAAGUUAGAUUGAACAAGAUUGAUGGCUACUAUGGCAAGUUCAGCUCUCCUGUUGACUUGGAAAUACCAAUUCUUGUGGUAAAACCCAGUGCAGUUCAAGCCAAUGUGAAUCUCGUGGCUAUUGUGGUCCCAAUUUGCAUUGUUACCGUAAUCCUUGGUACCAUUCUCCUUAUUUUAUUCAUUCGCCACAAAAGACUGCAACGUAGCUUUUUGGCCUAUGCCAGUAGCCAUUAUGAUCCACGCUCUGAAAGAACAACUUUCAAUUCAGCAGAAUACCUCGGGGAAGAUGAAGAUUCUCCAAUGAUAACUGGAUUUUCUGAUGAUGAGCCAUUAAUUUCUCUUUUGGGAUCAACUGCUUAUAUAUUACCUUUAAUCUCAUCUAAAUUCUUCUUUUCUUCCUCUUCUUUCCCUCUUCUUUUUCUCCCACUUCUUCAUUUCUUUUUUUCUUCUCUUCAUUUUUUUUUUUUUUUUUUUUUUUUUUUUUCUUCUUUCUUUUUUCUCUUUCCUUUUUCUUUUUUCUUCUUAACUUCUUUUUUUCUUCACUUUUCAUUUUUCUUCACUUCUUUUUCUUUACUUUUCUUCUUUUUCUUCACUUCUUCCUUUUUCUUCUUUCUUCAUUUCUCUUUUUUCUUUUUACUUCAUUUCUUUCUUUUUCCUUCAUUUCUUUUUUUCUUUUUUUCUUUCUCUUUUUUUUCUUUCUCUUUUUUUUUUUUUUCUCUUUCAUCAUCAUUAUUAUUAUUAUUAUUAUUAUUAUAA